AUGGCAUCCUGCCCCAAAGAGCAGCACUGGGACCCCUUGACAAAAACCUGUGUCUCCUGUGUCUCCUGCAGCCAGAGGAGCCAGCGCACCUGUACAGACUUUUGCAAAUUCCUCGGUUGCCGCAGAGAGCAGGACAAGUACUAUGACCACCUCUUGGGGGUCUGUAUCAACUGUGACUCCACCUGCACACAGCACCCCCAGCAAUGUGCACAAUUCUGUGAGAAAAAGGCCAGAAGCCAGGUGAACUUCCAGCCUGAGCUCAGGAGACCACAGACCGGGGAGUUGGAAGCCAGGCCAGGCAACACAGGAAGGAACCAGGGAUCCGAGCAGGGAGGCUUGCAGGCAGCAUCCCCAGGACUGAGGCUGAGCAGCGACCAGCUGGCCCUUGUCUAUUGCACACUGGGGCUCUGCCUUUGCGCUAUCUUCUGCUGUUUCUUGGUGGCCUUGGCCUGCUUCCUCCGGCGUAGAGAGCGGCUUCCUAGCCAGUGUUCAGGGCCAUGUGGGUCCCAGGCAAAGUCUCCCCACCGCCCCGCGAUGGAGGCUCGCAGUGAGGUGGCCUUGCCACCCCAGCCCGUCGAGACGUGUAGCUUCUGCUUCCCGGAGCGCAGGUCACCCACACAGGAGAGUACGCGCACGCUCGGGAUUCUCGGUUUAGCGGGCACAGCAGCCCCGCAGCCUUGUGUGCGCGCACCGGUUGGCGGCCUGGGCGUCGUGCGCGUGCCCAUCGGGGACGCUGGUCCGGGAGCCUGACAGCCAGUGAAAAAGGAGACAAUGAAGAGGAUGGAGUGCGAGAGGAGGGGAGGGAUGGAGAAGAGACUAGAGGAAGAGGACACAGCCUGGCUGCACCCACCGCAAUGAAGCAACCACCUGCAGCGCCCACAUCCCCAGCACCACCCGCAGUGCCACUGUGCCCCAUACUUUCUGCAGAGCAGUCAGCCUGUGCGCUCCUCUUUAGUAGAGAAAGAUGGAGAAUGGCCGGCACCGGGAGCAUUGUUCUCAUAGCUGUUACAAACAAGGGUUCUUCCCGAGGGCCUUAGGCAGAGUGCAGUGUGUUAUGUGUUUGUGAAUUAAGUAAUUUGUAUGUGUAUGUGCAGAUGCUGGGUUGUGUCGUGUGCAUGUGUACAUGAAUCGUCAGUGUGUCUGUAUAAGUCACGUGUAUAGGUAUGUGUGUG